GGCGAGCUGCGGGCGCUGCUCGUCACCGAGCCCCUGCAGCCCUCCCUCGCAGGCCCGGGCGUCGAGUUCGCAGUGCACUCCGAGGGGCAGUACCGCGGUGCCCAGCGCUGGAUCGCCGGGAGGGUAGAAGCCGUGAUGAAACGCUUGCAGAGCAGCAACGUGAAGCUGUUACUGUCGAGCGCGAAGCAAGGGGAAGUAGUUACCUACUAUGCGAAGUUACACGGUAUCUCUGUUGUAGAGUGUCUAUCAGAAGAAGAAAUGGCCCUUAUCGGUGAAAUCACCGGUGUCUCGCCUUACACACCUUUAGGUGAUGACAUGUGCGGAGAAAUAACUGAGACUGCAGUGGCAGCGUUUUGCCCGCCCUUGCUGCUCGGCUCCAGGAGAUGUGUCCACGUUGGCCUCAGCAGUGUGUGUGGCUUUCAGCCCCAUUGCCUGAUCCUGUGUGGGCCGGUCGAUGGGGUUAAUGAGCAGCAUGCCGAGGCUUUACAAGGGGCGUUGACAAUGCUGCAGCAGCUAUUCAAAACAGUGGAGCAGAGGGAGGGAUGCGGUGCAGAAGGUGAAAGCCAGAACGAAGCCUCAGGUGUUCGCAGUUGGCAUUCUUCAGUUACUCAGAAAGUAGUAGAAUAUACUUUUUGUAAUAGUAAUCAGGUUUCGAAAAGUCAACUGCAAACACUUAAGGAUGAAACAGAAACAAAAAUUUUAGACCCUGAUAAAAGUGAUGCACUUGUGGACAACCAAAACAACCACAGCACUGCUGUGUUAGUGGCACAUAAUGCUGAUACAGGUACUGCAUCUGAGCACCUGGACGUUGGCGAAGGUCUUGAGGAAACAAGUUGUAAUACAGUUCUAUUUGAACGGGAAGAGAGUUGUGUAAGUAUUGCACAGGGUAAUUCCAGCUCCCUCAUAGAAGCAGGAUCAGUUUUGCCAGUAGGAGGUUAUUUUGAAGUCCUGUUACAUUAUUAUAUUCACCACUAUGCAAAACAGUGCCGGCAGUCAGAGGUUGCUGUCGUGUCUAGUGUGGUUGCUGAUGCUCUGCUAAGUAUUCCCAAGUGCUUGUACAGGACAGCAGAAGGAGACAGCUUUACCCAUUUCUAUCUCAAAACCAUUAAUUCACUCAGAAAAAAUGAGCCACUGCCGAUGAGCAAGGAAGGUGUGGAGUCAGUGUAUUGCAAAUACCAAUUAGUCAUCUCAGUUCUCUAUUGUGCUGCAGAGCUUCUCUCCAUAGACUUAAUAAUUGAUAUUAAGCGGCCGCUGCAAAAAAUUGAGGAUUGUGACUCAGAAGAUGAACUUUGA